CUGUAGCGGUAGCCGGCCGCCAUUUUGCUUAACGCAAUGUUGACUUCCGCCAUUGUAUAGCGAGGCGAUAUCUGAGCAAAAAUAGUUACAGGCAUGUGGACAAAAGUGUUUGUGUAAAUUCUAUUGAUAAAUAAUACCUAAUCUGACGAAAUGGAAGAAGAAUACAUGGAUGCCCAGGACUCUAGUGUUAACGAUGUAGGCAGUCGUAGUAAUGAUGGCAACGACAAUUUAGAGGAAGCGUCCAAAGAUUUUAGUGAACCUAGUGGAUACGAAGAAAAUUUCGAUGAUGAAGAAGGCGGUAGCGGCUUUCGAGGAGGUCGCGGAGGAAACCGUGGAAAUUACAGGGGCAGAGGUCGAGGUGGUAUGGGCCCUCCGGGAUGGAUGAAUGGGCCUCCGCCAAUGAGAUUCCGAGGCAGAGGCUACGGCCCCGGUGGACCGCCUAUGAGAGGACGAGGAUAUUUUAGAGGCAGAGGUGGUCCUCGCUUUGGUCCCAAUGGGGGACCAAACUUUGAUAACAAUUGGGGUCCCAUGGGGCCGCCUCCUCCGGGAAUGAUGGGAGGACCCCCACCGUUCGGACCACCUCCCGGUAUGAUGCCACCCGGUGGACCGAUGGGGCCUCCACCCAACAUGAUGGGACAACCACCACCAUUCGGCCCACCAGGGAUGCCUCCACCAAAUAUGCCUGCACCUGAGCUGUGGGUGGAGACAAAAUCAGAUGACGGGAAAUCGUACUACUACCAUGCCCGGACGCGGGAGACCACUUGGACCCGGCCCCAGGAGAGUCCCACUUGUAAGGUGGUGACUCAGGCGGAAAUGGAAGCCAUGGCCAGCACAGGUCAAAUGUCCGGUAUGGGUCAGCCCAUGGCGAUGAACGGGCCGAUGGGGGGGCCCCCCAUGGGCGGGCCGCCAAUGGGAAUGAUGCCAAACGGCAUGAUGGCCGGGAUGAUGCCGCCCGGCGUCGGGCCGCAGGGGGGCCCCGGCCAGGGCGGGCCCCCGCCCGGCGCCGUGCCCCCCUUCAUGACGCAGCCUCCACCCUGGGUGAAGGACGGCGCAGGUAACAACCACAUGGGCAGCAAGUCGGACAAGGGCGACGGCAGCCCCGCCGACGACGACGACAUGCCCCCCGGAGAGACCAACGCCCCGCCACACUCCAUGGGUUCCAUGGGUCCCGGCGGUCCAAUGGGCGGCGGGAUAGGUCCGGGAGGCGGGAUGGGCCCGGGCGCCGGUGUGGGUCCGGGCGGCGGUGUGGGUCCGGGCGGCGGUGUAGGUCCGGGCGGCGGGAUGGGCCCGGGCGGCGGUAUGGGUCCGGGCGGCGGUGUGGGUCCGGGCGGUAUGGGCGGACCGAUGGGCGGCGGCCCCGGCGGCGGCGUGGGCGGUGCCUGGGGCGGCUGGGGCUGGCCGCCCCCGCUCGUGGCGCAGCCCCCGGGCCUCGCGGCGGCGGCUGCGGCCGUGCCCGACGCCAGUGCGGCGUCGCAGGCGGGAGGCCCCGCGGCGGGCAGCGAGGCGCCGGAGGGGCUCGCUUCUAUGGAAACGGUGAUCCCGGCGGAGCUGGCGGCGGCGGCGGCGGAGUGGAGCACGCACCGGGCGCCCGACGGCCGCCCCUACUACUACCACGCCGGCCGACAGGAGAGCGUCUGGGAGAAACCCAAGCCCAUGAAGGAUCUGGAAGAUUUGCAAGCUAAGAUAGCUAAGGAGAAGGGUGAGAAACCCGACAAGGUGGAGAGAAUGGAUGCUGAUGAUAAUAAAGCUGAAGUUGUGGACGUAGACGCUCACGCCGAGGCUGCAGCGGCGGCGGCGGCCGCCGAACGGGAGAGAAACGAGAAGGAGAGAAUAGAGAGAGAGAAAGCGGAAAGAGAGAAGGCCGAACGUGAAAAAGCGGAGAAAGAAAAGGCCGAUAAAGAGAAGGCGAAAGCGGAUAAGAGACGACCUGUCUCCAGCAAGCCCAUAUCGGGCACUCCAUGGCGCGUGGUGUGGACGGGCGACGGGCGCGUGUUCUUCUACAACCCGACGGCGCGGCUGUCGGUGUGGGAGCGGCCCGCCGCGCUCGCUGGCGUCGCCGACGUCGAGCGCGCCAUGGCGCAGCCGCCGCACGCCGUCCAGCAGCAGCGCAAGGAAGCGGCCGCCACGACUCCGACGAAGAGCGCGAACGGCGACCUGAAGCGGGCGGCCGACUCCGACAGCGACGACAGCGACGACAGCGACGCCGAACCCGCCAAGAAGAACAAACCCGAAGAGAAGCCGGCUGCGGCGGCGCGGAAGGGCGGUGCCGGCAACGGCGGCGGAGGCGGGGCGCAGAUCGACGCGGGCAAGGAGGCGGCGGAGGAGGCGGAGAUGCGCGCGGCCCGCGAGCGCGCCGUCGUGCCCUUUGAGCAGCGCCUGCGGAGCUUCCUGCAGCUGCUGCACGAGUCCGACGUCUCCGCCUUCAGCCCCUGGGAGAAGGAGCUGCACAAGAUCGUCUUCGACCGUCGCUACCUUCUACUCAACUCCACCGACCGCAAGAAGGUGUUCGACAAGUACGUGCGAGAGAGGGUCGAGGAGGAGCGCAAGGAGAAGAAGAACCGUCUCCAGCAGAAGAAGCAAGCCUUCAAACAGCUCAUGGAGGAGGCGAAACUACACUCCAAAUCGUCGUUCUCCGAAUUCUCGGCGAAGCACGGGCGGGACGAGCGGUUCAAGGCCAUCGAGAAGGUCCGCGAGCGCGAGACCUACUUCAACGAGUACGUCGCCGACGUGCGCAAGCGCGAUAAGGAGGAGAAGGAAAAGAAGAAGGAGCAGGUGAAGACGGAGUUCAUAGCUCUCCUCAAGGAGAAGUCGGUGGACCGGCGCGCGCGCUGGCUCGACGUCAAGAAGAAGGUAGACCUCGAGCCGCGGUACAAGGCCGUGGAGAGCAGCUCCCUGCGCGAGGACUACUUCCGCGAAUACUGCAGACUCGCCAAGGAGGAGAGGAAGAGGGAGAAGGACGCCAAAGAUAAAGAUAAGGAACGAGACCGUAGCAGCAGUAAGAAAGAUAAAAAGGAGAAGGACCGAGACAAGGAGAAGGAGAAAGACAAGGACAAGGAGAAGGAUAAAGACAAAGACAAGGACAAGGACAAAGAAAAGGACGGAAAGAAAGACAAGAAGAAAGAAAAGAGUGGUGACGAGGGAGUGGAGGAGGCGGCGGAGGAGGGUGCGGGCUCGGGGGAGGAGUCGGAGGCGGAGGGCGGCGCGGCGGGGGCGGGGUCCGGCGACGAGGGGGAGGCGGCGCGGGCGCGGGAGGCGCGGGCGCAGGCCUCCAUCAAGGAGCGCGAGCGGCAGGUGCAGCGCGCGCUCGCCACCAGCCUGCGCGACCGCGACAAGGAGAGGGAGUUCCACAAGCGGGACGAGGCCGUGCAGCACUUCAACGCUCUGCUGGCUGACCUGGUGCGGAACCCGGACCUGGUGUGGCGCGAGGCCAAGAAGCAGCUGAAGAAGGACCACCGAUACGCGCUCGCCGAGGAGCUCAGCAAGGAGGACAAGGAGCGCAUAUUCGGUCAGCACAUCAGCUCGCUGGGCAACAAGCGGCGCGACAAGCUGCGCGCGCUGCUGGCGGAGCUCGGCGUGGGCUGCACCGCGCACUGGCGCGACGUCCGCAAGCUGCUCGCCGACGCGCCCACCGCCCCCGUCUACCGCAGCGCCGCACAGAUGGAGCGCGAGUUCCGCGACUACCAGCGCGACAAGCAGAGCGCGGCAAAGACGGCGCUGCGGCAGCUGCUGCAAGAGACGCGCAGCAUCACGCACCGCACGCUGGCGGCGACGCGCGACACGCCGCACGCGCUGGCGCAGCUGCACGACGCGCUGCGGGCGGACGCGCGCUACACGGCGCUCGACCACGUGCCGGAGGAGCGCGACCAGCUCGUGCUGGCCUACCUCGAGGAGCUGGAGAAGAAGGGCCCGCCGCCGCCGCCCACCGCCACCGAGCCCGCGCGUCGCGCCAAACAGUGACAAGUACAACGCACUUUCUUUAUCAUGUCAAUAUCGCCCGCGGCAGGAGCGGGGAGCGGGGCGGCGCGGCGCCGGACGGGAGUCAGUGUAAUUGUGAAUAAACUUUCCUAUAGUGAUAAUUUAAAUACAAUGUUUGACCAAGAA